AUGGAAAUGAAACAACAACGCUCGUCGAAAGAAGCGAUGUCCUUUGAUCUUGAGAGCUGUGAACUAUCAUCAUCGUCGUGUUCCAUUGAGGACAAACUGCCUUCAACGAACAAUUUGAUUCGUGGUAAAGAUGGACAGUACGCGGUUGGUCGAAAACUAGCGCAAGGACGCUAUGGAGCUGUACUGCGCAAAUCCGAUGGAAAACCUUUCGCAUGUAAAUUAGAGGUCUGUAGCUCGAACUCUCAUGGGCUCGAUAUGGACUACGUGGUGAUGAGUCAAGUGGCUAAAAGAGGUUGUAACAAUUUGCUGAGUUCGAUAGAUCGUGGAAAAAUAGAGGACCAUUUCAAAUUUAUUAUAAUGCCUUUGUUGGGUGACAACCUCACGAAGAUUCGCCAUCAGUUCGUCGACGGCAGGCUAUCGCUCUCGUCCGGCCUACGUCUCGCAUUCUUGGCCCUGUCACCUAUUCAGGAACUGCAUAGCAUUGGCUUUGUUCACAGAGACAUCAAGUGCUCCAAUUUCUGCCUUGCUCCCCAUUCGUCUAAAGGAAACACGCGACUUGUGCUGAUCGAUUACGGUGUUUGUCGUGCAUAUAAGGAUAAGAGUGGAAAUUUAAAACCGCCUCGUGAACAGGUUCGAUUCCGUGGUACAACUAGAUAUGCGUCCCUUAACACUCAUAAUGGCCUGGAGCAGUCACCGCGCGAUGAUUUGGAAUCGUGGUUCUAUAUGAUGCUACAUUGGGUGCUUCAGGUUGAAUUUCGUCGCGUUCAGAAGUACCUCGACGGGCUAACGUUUCAAGGUCAACCUGACUACACUUUCAUCGCAGAGAUGGUACAACUAGCCAUGAAGAAUAACGGUGUUAAGAUGGACGAACCAUAUGACUGGGAAGAAUGA